AUGGACAUGCAGAAGUUUGGGUAUGCCAAUUGGCUGGAUAUCAUUUUGAUGCUAAUAGGUUUGAUUGCAGCUGUUGCAAAUGGAACAGGGCUGCCACUUAUUAUCGUUGUCUUUGGAGAGAUGACAAACAGCUUUGUGACGAUUGGCCAAGCAGUAAAUAUGUCUUCAGUUAAUCUUCCAGCUGUGAUGAAUAGUAGCUCUACUUGCCCAGCAAUUCCAGGUUUGGAUAUAGAAGCUGAAAUGACCAGGUUUGCCUGCUACUAUGCGGGUAUUGGCUUUGCUGUAGUGAUACUGAGCACCAUCCAAGUCUGGACAUUUCUGACCUCAGCUGCAAGACAGACAGCAAGAAUCCGACAAAAGUUUUUUUUCGCCAUACUUCACCAGGAGAUGGCUUGGUUUGAUACCAGCCAGAUUGGAACGUUGAACACCCGACUGAGUGAGAAGGCUCUAUUUAUCUAUGCACCAGAAACAUGA